GGUGCGCAAUGCUGGACUGAAUGGUCGCCUUGUACGGUCACAUGUCACAGUAAGGGAAUGGCCGAGGGAUAUGCGAAGCGAUGGCGAGUGUGGAAUUGUGAACAGGAACUGAUUCGAUAUGUGAGUCCAGGAAACGACACAAGUGCCGAGGAAAGGAUUGCAGCUUUUCGAUCAUGUGAACACGAAGUAUGCGCUGCGAUCUCAUUUAAGUACUCUCCGUGA